AGCGGCGGCGGCGGCGAAGGGACCCAUCCCCGCUGGCAGGCGACGGUCCCUGCGGAUGCUGGCCAAGCCCGCUCUGUUGGGACACUUUUUUCUCCCCCGGCGGGCGGGCGCCUCCCCUUUUCCGCAAGGAUCCCAGCUCUCCGGGCGUCUCUCCAGCAGACCCCCCCCGGCCUUGAAUUUCGGGAGCGCGUCUUAGGGAAGGCGAUGGCCACCAAAAUCGACAAAGAAGCUUGCCGAAGGGCCUACAAUCUGGUGAGGGAUGACAGCACGGGGGUGAACUGGGUGACCUUUAAGUACGAUGGCUCCACCAUCAUCCCAGGACAUAACGGGGUUGAUUACGAAGAGUUUAUAGGACAAUGUACAGAUGACAUUCGGUUGUUUGGCUUCAUCCGAUUCACCACUGGAGAUACCAUGAGCAAGCGGGUCAAGUUUGCACUGAUCACAUGGAUAGGGGAGAAUGUCAGUGGCCUUCAGAGAGCUAAAACAGGGACUGAUAAGACACUUGUGAAAGAAGUCGUACAGAAUUUUGCCAAAGAGUUUGUGAUUAGUGACCACAAGGAACUGGAUGAAGAUUACAUCAGGAGUGAGUUGAAGAAAGCUGGGGGUGCAAAUUACGAUGCUCAGGCAGAGUAAACAAGAAAGUGAAUACACUGUGCCUCCUGCAGCCACCUGUCUAGAUCUGCAAGGAGAGGAGGGGGGAAAAGCACAAUUUAUUUUUGAAAGCAAAACUGGAAGAUGAUUUGAGCGAGGCAAGUGUGAGAACGAAGCGGCUUCAUUUUAGAUGUCUCUGAAGUCUGUUCCUGUCUCCUGAAGUGGACCUCAAUUUUUCAUUCCACCCACCAAACCAGCUCCUUCUCAUGUGAUCUUUCCAUCUGACGUGUUCUUUUAACUGCUGUCUUUCUAAUUUAACAAAUAUUACAUAGGUACCUGGCUCCAUAGGAAAUUGGCCACAAGUCAAUGUGUUCGUUGUAGAGCUUGCUGAAUGGUUCUUGAGAGCUUUAGAUCUUUGUUUGAUCCUUGGUCAAUCUGGAAAGCCUCCAAGGAUGAAAAAUGCUUUUUGACUGAAUCCAUUCUUGACUGCUGACCCCCCUAACCAGCCGACCAAAGGGCUCCCGUCGUGCAGAAUGAGUUACGCAGCCCAUGAAUUGCAUGCUUUCUCAAAAGUAAUCUCUACUGUGUUGGGUGAGAUUUGCAAUCUUCUCCACUCCACAGCAGGAUUUACUUCUAGGUUUCAAAAAACCACAGAAUCGCACAGUUUCCCCCAAAUAAGAAUAGCAAGGGAGCAGUGAACUAAGACCCACACAAGGCUAAAUGCAGCUCCACAACUGGGUUGUAAUUGUUAAUGGGACAGAAGAGAGAAAAUUAGAUACAGAGUGAAUUAUGAGGCAGGUGGUGUUUGAUUAACUGAAAUGAAAUGGUAUUUAAACUGGGCCUGGAUCUUUGGCCAAUGGAGCAGUCGAGUGUGAUGACUGAUCUGCUGUUCAAAGCCAAAUGUGGGCCUUGGUUAAAAUAGGUUAUGUACUUGUGGGGUAUAAAACUGUGCCCUUAUAGCAUCCUAGCAAGCAUAUUCAUGUAUUUACUGUUUCACUGUGUCCAGGGGGCUUUAUUCCCAGAUAGGUACAUGCCAGACUGUGGUUUUAUACCAUUCCAUUGAGCAGGUUUACUUAAAAGUAAUUUCCUCUGAGCAAAAUGGAACUUCAUCUCAAAUAGUUGGGCUGAGCAUUGUAGUCUCUGGCUGCAAUCAUGCACACAUUUUCCUAGGAGUAAGCUCCAUAGGACACAAUGGGAUUUCUGGGCAAGCAUGCAUAGGUGGAAAGUCAGAGGAAAUUUGGGGGGGAAUGUGUUUGUUUGCAGCCCCUGAAAUCAACUCAAGCUAAUGUCACUAAUGGUCAGAGGGAAGCUGAAAUAUUUGGUUGCAUUAAACAGCCAUCAUGGGAAAACAAUCUUUUAUUUCAGUUCUUAAUGGAAUAAGAAGGAAUGUAAUUUGCCUUAAAGUAGUAGCUUGGUUCUGUAUCAUAGGAUUUUUUCUCUUUCUUUCUUUCUUUCUUUCUUUCUUUCUUUCUUUCUUUCUUUCUUUCUUUCUUUCUUUCUUUCUUUUUCUUUCUAAUACUUUUCUUUGAAUUUUUUUUUAAAGAAGAAAUUGCUGUAAAGGGCAGUAAAUAAGGGGAGAAAUGUCUCCCCUUCUGAUUGUACUGUUUUGUACCUUCAUUGUUAAUUUUUAAAAUGUCUGCAUUUGUACCCUGUGUAAGAUGAUUGCUGGUGAGGACUUGUAAACAAUUACACAAC